AGUAGAUGGCUCAUGGCAUUCGUAUUCAUGAAUUCUUCAACAUUUCCGUUAAUAGUAUUAAAUAGUCAUUAAAGUGAAUUCGGUUUGGUAUUAAAACAAUAUACCAAUACGUGUGCUAUCUGAACGAAACGAUGUAAGUGAAUACCCAGCUUCAAUCUAUACACUUUUCACUUUUUUAUUUGUUUAGUACUAUCUAUAGAUAAACUUAAUUAGCAAUCAGAACCUCAAAACAGGUAUCAAUAAACACUUCACUGUAGAUAACACUAAUAACAGUUUCAUAUCAACUGUAACGAUGAUCAGUAGGUGACAAUACUCUGUAGUGUGCAACCGCAUGUGAACGGUGUUAAGGUUACCUACCUACUUCUGACACGAAAUUUAGUAACCUGUUUUCCCAGAAAGCAAAAACAAUAACAAUCUGUUUAGUAGUUUCCUUCCAACGUUGAUGUUUGCAUGCUACAAUACAGUCGUCUUGUUUGAAUAAAUCAAUACAUUUGUGGUUGUUCUAGCGGUACGUAGAUGGCAGAAGAAACCCCGGACGUUGCCAUGUCGGUUCAAAUCCGUUUAACACAUCAGUUUGAAAUUCAAUAAACACGAGCGAAAUUCAAUCAAUUAAAAGAUAAACGAAAUUAUAAAAUUGUUUUGUAAUCCGCACAUAAUCCUAGAAUAAACCGCAUCAGCAUCGUCAUAAUUCAAAGGCAAAUUAUAAAUCAUAUUGUCGGCUCUUAUAGUGAGAAAUAAUGCAGAAACAAUGUAACUGGGGAUAGUGAAUUGACAGAUCAUUAAUAACUGUAGGGCCAUAACUUUAACAUACAUUGCCAGGGCGGAGACUUUUUCUGGUGUUUCUUAUAAAUGGCACUGUUGCCAAAUUAAAUAUAUGUAGCGACGGUACACCGUUCCCAAUCCGCUACACUGUAAAACUUAAUUGCGACAAUUAAGAUUUGUGAUACCUCACUAUUCUAUCGCAGUUAUGCGAUAAGUGCUCCGGUACCCUGUGAUGUCACGAUGAACACCGAAAACAAAGUUCCCGAUGGAGGAUGGGGGUGGGCAGUUGUUGCUGGAACUGCGAUAAUUAAUAUAUUUAACCAAUCGCUUUUGUCGAUAUUUGGUUUAAUUUUCGGGCCGAAGCUGGAGAGCAUAGCUGGAACGACGGGAGUGACGACAGUAAUGAGUCUUAACUGUACUGUUAGCAACUUCUCAGGAUUUCUAAUCAGUCCACUUUCUAAAUAUUUUAGUACAAAACAAAUAACUCAAAUUGGCGUUCUCUUAGUCUCAGCAGGAUUAGCUAUGUCAACGUAUACAAGAAGUUACACGAGAGUCACUUUAGGAUAUGGAGUGUUGACAGGUUUAGGCCUAGGCUUGAUAGCGUCGUCGACGUUUCUAAUAAUCAAUUCCUACUUUAGCAAAAAUAAGAGUUUGGCGGUGGGUCUGUCCAUGGCUGGUACCAGUAUAGGCCAGAUGGGUAUGCCUCCAGUGGUGGCCCACUUGAUCCAGCACUAUAGCUACGAUGGUACGAUUUUCAUUCUGUCGGCUUUGAGUCUACACGGACUGAUCGGAUCGAUGUUUUUUAAUCCGGUUAGUGAACACGUGUCAAUAAGGAAGAGACGAGAAACAAAGAGCUUCUUCUCACGACUUCGCGACAGGAUUAGUUGUCGGAGAAACCGAAACUCAGUUGUUAUAGGAAAUAAUCUGCCGUUAAACGAGAACCAUUCUGAAGUAGAACAUAAGUACGCUAAUAAUAAUAUUGAUAGAGAAGCAAAUUUAAUUAAAGCGGAAAUAGGAAAUAAAGAGGCUGUGAUAUGUAAUGAAUACAAAACAGAGAAUAAGGAGACGGUUGAUAUUAUCAAUGAAAGUCAAAAAGGUGGAGAUGAAGGUGUGAUGUCUAAUAAUUUACAAACUGGGGCCGCUGACAAAUUUCAGUCUUCUGCAUCUGACAACGAAAACAACGAAGCCGAGGAAAAAGAAAGGAUGUUAAUUGAAGAUUCCACCGAACCGGUGCCAGAGCCCGAACGUAAGAAGCCCACCACUUGUUGGAAAAAAUUUGUCGGACUGUUUGAUCUCCACAUUCUCCUAGACCCAACGUUUGUCCACAUUAUGAUAGGUCUCUCGUUUGCAUACACCACCAGUAUCUCCUUCAGCACCUUCUUCCCUCUCUUUCUAACAGAAGACUUGGAUAUGACAAUAAUCGAUGCGUCGACGUGUAUGUCAGUUUUGUCUUUUAUGGACUUCAUCGGCAGAAUCGUGGUCCCUUUAAUAACCAAACGUAUGGAGAUUACCCACAGGAAUAUUUUUAUUAUUGGAUCGUUUGCCCUGGCCUUCUGUAGAUCAUUAUUGGUUCUUCAGACUACAUUCACGAUGUUAAUUGUUUUCUCAGCUGUAUGCGGACUCGCCAGAGCUGCAACAGUUAUAAACCAAAAUCUUGUUAUCGCCGAAUACUCUAAAGAGGCACACGUUUCAUCUGCUGUGGGUCUCAACAUGGUUUCUAAAGGAGUCUUUGUCUUAACUAUCGGAAGAUUGUUAGGCAUGUACAAAGAUUCCGCUCAUAAUUUCGCCGGAUGCAUCCACAUUUUGAAUAUAAUUUCAAUGGGAGUCGUCAUUUCGUGGACAAUGGAACUCAUUUUCAAAUGCACGUGCAGAAAAAAAACGACUUGAACUAGCUAAAUAUAUAGUACUUAUUUAAAUUUGUUACUUAAAAUAUAACGAACUGAAAUCGC